CGGCGUGGGGUCCUCUCUACUUUCAAAUUCUCAAAAUUCCCCUAUUCUCCCUCUUCAAUCUCCGUUUUCCACCGCUCGCUCUCUCUUUACGCCCAGGUUUCACUCUCAUUUCUCUCUAAUUUCCUCUAUUUUCUACUUCCGUUCUUCGAUUUUCAUUCCAUUUUUGCGUUUCUUUCCACAUAGCUAUGUUCUCUGCUGCUUAAUUUCCCUUCCCAUUCAUACCUAUGUCCCUUCAUAAACUGAAAAUGAUGUUAUAGUUCGCCUCUUCUUGCAAUGCUGUGUGGUUUCUUUCUUGUUUUGAAAUUGAGAAUCGAAGAGCAUGUCAUCUAGCUCCAUCGAGUAUGCAAUCUGUAUGUAGGAUUAGAUUCAUACACUUUUUGAAGAAGAAUCAAGAAUUCGACUGAGGAAUUGAAGAAAAUUGUCUAAUGGUUGAUGAUUUCGUGUGAAAUUGGGAAAAAGUUUGAUUCCGAUUUCAGUUUCUCCUCUUGCAGCCUUUAGCUCUGUGGUGUGUGCUCACAUGUAAAUUCAUUUCAUCAAAAUGUCCCUCCUUAGUAGAUUCUUUUACCGAAGACCCCCAGAUGGGUUGCUGGAAUUUGUCGAACGAGUAUAUAUUUUUGAUUCGUGUUUUUCAACUGAAGUAUUGCCUGAUGGUAUGUACCAAAUAUAUCUGCAUGAAAUCAUAAACGAAUUACAUGAAGAAUUCCCGGAUUCUUCCUUUCUUGCAUUUAAUUUUCGUGAAGGGGAGAAAAGGAGCCAAUUUGCAGAAAUGUUGUGCGAGUAUGAUGUCACUGUGAUGGAUUAUCCUCGACAAUAUGAAGGUUGCCCUCUUCUUCCACUGUCGUUGAUACAGCAUUUUCUCCGCAUUUGUGAAAGUUGGCUUCUGCUUGGUAACCAACAAAAUGUCAUUCUUCUCCACUGUGAGAGGGGAGGUUGGCCUCUCUUAGCAUUCCUUUUGGCUAGCUUUUUGAUAUUUAGAAAAAUGCACAGUGGUGAGAGGAAAACUCUUGAAAUUGUACAUCGAGAAGCUCCAAAAGGGUUUUUGCAGCUCUUGUCACCAUUAAAUCCAUUUCCAUCUCAGCUCCGCUACUUGCAAUAUGUUGCAAGGAGAAAUAUAGUCUCGGAGUGGCCACCACCUGAGCGAGCACUCUCUUUAGAUUGUGUAAUUCUUCGUGGCAUUCCAGCUUUUGAUUCUCAGAAUGGCUGCAGACCAGUCAUUCGUAUUUUUGGGAGGAAUCUUUCUAGUAAGGGCGGGCUUUCCACGCAGAUGCUUUUCUCCAUGCCCAAGAAGAACAAGGCCCUCCGUCACUACCAUCAGGCAGACUGUGAUGUGAUUAAAAUAGACGUGCAGUGUUUGGUUCAAGGAGAUGUAGUGUUGGAGUGUUCACAUUUGGAGUCGGAACCAGAAAGAGAAGUUAUGAUGUUUCGUAUUAUGUUCAAUACAGCAUUUAUUCGAUCAAACAUACUGAUGCUAACCUCUGAAAAUUUGGACAUUCUUUGGGAUUCAAAGGAGCGUUAUCCAAAAGGCUUUCGAGCUGAGGUUUUGUUUGGGGAGAUGGAAAGCAUUUCCCCUCCAAGGGCUCCAACCUCCAUUUUGAAUGGUGAAGAGAAAGGUGGAUUACCAAUUGAAGCUUUUUCCAGGGUUCAAGAACUUUUUAGUGGUGUCGAGUGGAUUGAUAGCAAUGAUGAUGCUGCCUUGUGGGUACUUAAGAAUCUUUCUGCCUUGAGUGACGUGAAAGAAUUGUCAAGAUUGCAAAAUAAAACAAGUUCAUACUCCUCACCAGUGGAUUCUGAAGAGGAAAAUAAUACAUCUAGCACUGCCGAUAGUUCAGAUGAAGUGUUUGAUAUUAUUACAAAGCCUUUUGUUGAUUCAACUUCUACCAACUUUACAAUUCCGGCCAUGGUACAUUCUUCUGAAUUAUUGUCUGACAAGAUUGGUGCUAAAGAAGUGAAUAUUUCAUUAGAGUCUCCUCAAUCUUCUGAUGAAUUUCAAGACAAGAUAUUUUCAAACAAAGAACCUCUACCCUCUUCAUCACCUCCACUAACUUCUUUUGGCUCCCCACCCCUUCCUAUUAGUUCUUCAAUGUCAUCACCACUGUUGCCUCCGUCUAAUCUACCAUAUACCAAUUCUAGUGGAGAACAUGUCUCAAAUAAAAUGACACCCACUGUUAAAGUGAUUCCUUCACCGCCGCCACCUCCACCUUUUUCUCUAUCGCAUAAUGAGCCUCAUGUAGAAACUUCCUGUAGUUCAGAUUCGACCACUGUAACAAUGCAUGGGAGACCCCCUCCACCCCCUACACCUCCGCCUCAAUAUCCUACUAGCAACAAUCCUGUUACAGCCUCGACUUAUUCACUUUCGCAUGUUCCUAAAUCUUCUGGUGCUCCUCCACCCCCCCCACCACCUCCUCCUUUUGUUCCAAAAUCUUCUAGUGCUCCUCCGCCUCCGCCUCCACCUCCACCUCCACCUCCAAUUCCAAAACCUUCUGGUGCUCCCCCACCUCCACCUCCGCCUCCACCUGUAGUUGCAAAAUCUUCUAGUGUUCCUUCCCCUCCACCUCCGCCUCCACCUCCAGUUUCAAAAUCUUUUAGUGCACCUCCACCUCCACUUCUAAAAUCAUCUAGUGCUCCUCCGCCUCCACCUCCCCCUCCGCCUCUAAAAUCUUCUAGUGCUCCUCCACCUCCACCUCCACCUCCUGUUCCAAAACUUUUUGGUGCUCCUCCACCUCCACCUCCUCUUCCACAAUCAAAUCGCGGUGCACCAGUUCCACCUCCUCCACCACCAAAACCUCCCAGUGUUGAGCUGCCAAGUCAUGGUGCUAAAUCAACUAGACCUCCUCCACCUCCUCCACCAGCAAAGCCGUUCAAUGCUCAUCCUCCGACAAGUCAUGGUCCUACACCAGUGCCACCCCCUCCCCCAGGAUCAAGAGGAUCAAAUGUACCGCCACCACCUCCUCCUGCUGGAAGAGGCAAAGCUUCCCUAGGAUCAACAACUCAAGGAAGAGGCCGAGUAGCUACAGGAGUUGUAAAUGCUCCAAAAAAAACCACUUUAAAACCAUUACACUGGGUAAAAGUUACUCGAGCGAUGCAAGGAAGUUUAUGGGCUGACUCACAAAAGCAGGAAAAUCAAUCAAGGGCCCCAGAAAUAGACAUCUCUGAACUUGAAAGUCUAUUCUCAGCAGCCUCUGCUUCUGAUGGAAGUGGCAGUAAAGGUGGAGGACGACGUGGUUCCAGCAUCAACAAACCUGAAAAAGUGCAACUGAUUGACCUGCGGAGAGCAUAUAACUGUGAAAUAAUGCUCUCAAAAAUAAAGAUUCCCUUACCGGAUAUGAUAAAUUCAGUUCUUGCAUUGGAUUCUUCUGCUCUUGAUAUUGACCAGGUUGAAAAUCUCAUCAAGUUUUGUCCUACUAGGGAAGAGAUGGAAACGUUGAAGAGUUACACAGGUGACAGAGAAAUGCUUGGAAAGUGUGAGCAGUUUUUUCUCGAGCUAAUGAAGGUCCCACGAAUAGAGUCCAAAUUACGAGUAUUUGCUUUCAAAAUCACCUUUUCUAGUCAGGUGAAUGAUUUGAGAUAUCAUUUGAACACAAUAAAUGAUGCUACAAGAGAGGUCAAAGAAUCUGCUAAGUUGCGUCAGAUAAUGCAAACAAUUCUUACAUUGGGAAAUGCGUUAAACCAGGGUACCGCUCGAGGCUCUGCUAUAGGUUUUAAGUUGGACAGCCUCCUUAAAUUGUCUGACACUCGGGCAAGAAACAACAAAAUGACUUUGAUGCAUUAUUUAUGUAAGCUCAUUGCAGAGAAAAUGCCAGAGUUACUUGAUUUUGACAAGGACCUUGUCCAUUUAGAAGCUGCCUCUAAGAUUCAAUUGAAAGCAUUAGCUGAGGAAAUGCAAGCAGUGAGUAAAGGUCUUGAAAAGGUGGAGCAAGAGCUAACUGCUUCAGAAAACGACGGUGCUAUCUCCGUUGGUUUCCAGAAGGUGCUGAAGAAUUUUCUUGAUACGGCUGAAGCUGAAGUAAGGGCACUUAUCUCCUUAUAUUCUGAAGUGGGGAGAAACGCAGAUUCACUAUCCCAGUACUUUGGCGAGGAUCCAGCUCGAUGCCCCUUUGAGCAAGUGACUCAAAUUUUGAUAGUCUUUGUUAAGAUGUUUAAGAAGUCACGAGAAGAAAAUGAAAGGCAGGCUGAUGCUGAAAAGAAAAAAAUAGAGAAAGAAGCCAUGAAAGAACGAAGUUCAGUUAAAGCAAAGUGAAACCAUAUUAUGUUUUUGGUAGAAGGCAUUGCCAGAUCAGCCUCAUUGAUAAAUUCGGUUGAACAGCUGAAGAGGUUUGAAUGUGAACAUGAGAUUUAUUAUUCAUGGACUUCCAUCAAGCUGAACAUGAGGCAAUUUUGUUCCCAGGUUGGCUCUUCGCCUUCCUGUGUUGCCAUUUCUUUCAUCAAUAUCAUGCCUUGUAAAUACAACGUGACGCAAUUAUGGACUCGGGGAGUGGUUGCCAUUUGACAACAGAAGUUGGAGUUACUGUUGAUCUUAACUUGACAUUGUCAUUAUGGUAACAAAACUUCUCACACAGUAACAUCUAGAUAUAUUAGUUGUGUAGAUGGUUAAGAUAUAUCCUUUGUACAGGUAAAUAUCAUUGCUAGAUUCCAUACUGUUGAUAUUGGACCAUAUUUUGGUAGUUUAAUUGACUCAGGGUGGCUUUUGCUGCUCAUUUAUUGUAAAGAAAUGGUUAGAAUUUCUAGUUAAAAUGAUGUAUCAUUAGUUCAUGUCGAAAAGUUCCUUUACAUAUU